AUGGUUCUUAUGACUACAUCUCGUCUCCGGCAUUUGUCUGGACAUCCUGGACAUGGCGAGCCUACAACUUGGCUGCGGUAUGAUACACACCCUCACACGCAUACCCCUGCUAGUAUUAUCCACAGGCCGGCGAUAUUCACCGCCUCUGAGCCCCUUGAACCUCGGGGAGUACAUCGCACGGGCCGAGAUUCUGGACACGCUGUGCGCAACAGCAUCCCUUUAACCAGAUUCUUUUCGUGGGUGGACUCGUAUUACCCAGUCAUCUUCUUCUGCGCAGGUGUUGUUCCUGACGUCCCGCCUCAUGCGCGACUUGCCGGGGAAAACACCGUGGAGGGUAUCCUGUUUGGAGUUAUCGUCUAA